CGUCGUGCCGCACAAGACACGGCUAGUUUUUGAAAAGAGAGGGAUUGUCUCCCUUCAAUACAAGCAUUUAUACAGAAUUUUGCGCAAAAUGAGUCGAUUAACACGAACUGUGACUAGUCUGACACGUUAUCUGUUCGUCUCAACCAGAAAUUUUCACGCCACGAUGUGCAGACUAUCAGAAAUAGACACCACGCAGGAGAAACUGUUGGCAGACCCCCUCAUCUUGGUGGACGAAUAUGAUUGUGUCACUGGUUAUGAAACAAAACGCGAUUGUCACCUCAAGAAAAACAUCAUGGAAUACGGUAUGCUGCAUCGAGCCUUCAGUGUUUUCCUGUUUAACAAACAGGGAGAGUUGCUGUUACAACAAAGAUCGAAAGAGAAGAUAACUUUCCCAGGUUACAUUACUAACUCUUGCUGUAGUCAUCCUUUGUACGAUGAAGCUGAGCUAGACGAAUACAAGCACAUCGGAAUAAGAAGAGCUGCAAAGAGAAGGCUUUCCUAUGAACUUGGAAUUCCAGACGGUCAAAUCUCCUUAGAUGACCUCAGGUUCCUCACUAGGAUUCACUACAAGGCAGGAUCAGAUAAAACGUGGGGAGAACAUGAAAUAGACUAUGUAUUCUUUAUGCAGAAGGAUGUUAUGCUGAAUCCAAGAGCCAAUGAAGUCAAAGCCUGUUGGUAUGUCUCGCAGGCACAAGUUCAGGAGCUACUCCAUAAGUCAGAGGAAGAUUCAACCAUCCUGGUGACUCCAUGGUUCAAAAUGAUUGCUCAUCACUUCUUGUACAAGUGGUGGGCAAGCUUGAACGAUUUAUCACAGUUUGAAAAUGAUAGUGAAAUUCACAAAAUGGCUGGGGUGCCAACACCCAUCUUACAGUUGUAAACUACAGGCCAAGGAAGUUCUCAUUAAAAGGAUAUAAUAUGGUUUUAUUACAUGUAUGUUUCAGAUAUAGUCAUAUACUGUACAUGUACUUCAUCAGUUGCUAACAAAUAGUACUGUAAUGACGGUGUCUUGUUGAAUUGGCCACAUUCAUAUUUUUGGUGUUGGAAUGGAACUAGCUUGCAAUGAUGGCUUGUGCAAGGGACUAUCAUUUAAAAAGAGUGUGAUGUCAUUUGCAUUUGAAAGUAUUGACUCCCUGCAUUAGCCUCAGUUGCAAACCAGUUCCAGUCUAAUACCAAAAAUACAAACUAUGGUCUCUAAGACUCAAGAGAUGCCAGGACCCUAAUUUGAGCAUCCGAGACCAAGAUUUAAAUGAUUUUGGACUACAAGGCAGAAAAGAAAAAACAAAAAUUUGUGACUCAUCAUGAUGGCUUCCAUGAUUUUUAAGAUCAGAGAAAAAAUUCUGACCCACGAUUUUCUAGGUACAGUGUAGCAUUUUCCACCCCUUGUAUUGGAUAAUUUGCACGUGCUUAAUGCUUGAAAGACAAAUCCCAUUGUUUUUGUAGAACACCCAUUUCUGUGGAUCACUGGUUCUGUAAUUGUGUGGCAUAUUAACAGAACAUGAAGAGACACUAGUAUACAUGUAAACCAUGCAUGACUGAUGAGGGAGUGAUUUCUAUGCUGUUCACGUGUUUUAAUCCAGAUCCAAAGUGGAUCUUUACAGUCUGUGACUUAACUGGAAGUAUUUUUAUAUUGCUUAAAUAUUUCUGUGUAGUUAACCAGUACAGGAGACUACAACUGAAAAAAACUAUCUUGAAUAGUUCUUAUGAACAACUGCAUAAUAAUAACUAUCAUGGACACUAAUGUAUGCUGACAUAGACAUUAUUAAUCUUACAUUGGAUCCUGCCCACAUGCUUCAAAUUUUACAUUACUCUUAACAGGGCUGUGCUCCAGAAGCACCUGGGUACCACAGGUGACUAACUUUUGCCUUUGGCUGACUGGAAAAACCUACUUUUUUCACAUAAGCUUUUAAGCUUAUGUACCCAGCUCUUAAAAGUACUGGGUACCCAAGAUUUCAUGGUUGGGAAGUAUUGGGCUUCUCUUGAUUUUUCUUAGACCACAGCCCUGCUUUGUAAAUUACUACUAAGUUGAAACCUGGCCUGUUUCUCUGUUGUCUGCAUUAACAAAGUUCGGCUUUCGAACUUAGACUUCCAAAAAAAUUUUUGGAAACUAUAUUCUACAGUUAUGUACAAAUCAUGGUUAUGUAUUCAAUUAUAGAAAUUUUGGUAAUAUAACUCCCGUGUAAAAUAAAUUAUUACUACUCAGAAAUGGAAAUUCAUUAAAUGCUAUUCAUCUACAGAGUGGGCUUUAUAUACAGAUGUUUGAUUAGCCUGCACAGCCGGCAACAUGUGAGUGAUAUAGAAUGCAUACCACUUGAAGGAGGAAGCUUGUCUCCAUCCUUGCAUUCACUCCUCCAACACACUCAUUACUCCUGCAAGCUAAGCUGGAUAUGUUAGCUGGAUAAAGAAAUUAACCUUAAAAUUUUCUGACUUUUAAUUCUAGACCCGAAAUAAAGAAAUGAGGUACUGGAAAUAUUUGAUGUUUAGACAAUGCUACUUAAAGGAGCUCAGUCAAGGUUUGCGCAUAUUGCAAAAUUUAGCCUCAAUUUUUCAAAU